AUGGAGUCAGCUACGUCGAGCAUUACGGUGACUGCGGCGUCGCUGACGGCCUGGUCACCCUCCCUCUCAAAUCCUUUCAUGUGGGCCCACCACUACAUCACGAACUUCAAGGGCGGCAAGGCACACCAGUGGAUGUGCGCAUCACCCCACACUCCGCUCCUGAUUGUUGCCGGCUAUUUGUUGCUUGUGCAUGCCGGGCCGCACGUGUUCCCACGCCUGCUCGGGGACAAGCCGAUGCCGGGGCUGGUCCCUGUCGUUGCAAUUUGGAAUUUGUUCUUCAGCAUCGCCUCCACGAUCGGUUUCUGCUACUGUGCGCCGUUCCUGUUUCGUGUCGUGACCAUGACGGACCGCGAACUGCCGGGACUCGCACCGAAGAAGGACCGCACAACGGGCGAGUGGGACCAGCACCCCCACGUGCGUGGGGGUCUGUUCACCUCCCUGUGUUACUGGAACCGCAACAUCUUCGAGGACGGCGCCACCGCCUUCUGGGUCCUCACCUUCAACCUGAGCAAGAUCUUUGAACUGAUGGACACAGUAUUCCUGCUGCUCAAGCACAAGCCGAUCCCCUUCAUUCACUGGUACCACCACGCCUCCGUCAUGCUCUUCUGCUGGCACGCGCAUGUCUCCGGCAUCAGCAACGGACUGGGCUUCGCGGUGAUGAACAUGUUGGUGCACUCCAUCAUGUACUUCUACUACUUCAUGUGCGCGUGCGGGCAGCGUAAGCUGGUGCGCCCCUUCGCGUCGAUGGUGACCCUCCUCCAGAUUGCGCAGAUGUUCGCUGGCAUGGCGCUCAUCCUGUACACGACGCGGCUGUACGUGACGCACCCCGGAGGCUGCGACACGAGCGCGGCGUCGCUGGCUUUUGGCACGGUCAUGUACCUCUCUUACAUUAUCCUCUUCGUGAAGCUUUUCCGAGACAACUACGUACUGAAGAAACGCGAUGGUCGCGAAAGGCGGCGCGAUACGAAGGUGAGCUAA